CUCCUCCACUACUCACACUCGGGCAGAUUAGCGCGCAGCAGCGGUAAUCUGCUUCAGGACCGGGGCCAGAGACGCCGUGCGGCCACCAAACCUCUCCAAAGUUGCCCCCGGCGCGCCGACCGAACCUCGGCGGACCCGAACCACAAUAAAAGAAGUUCGUCUGGAUUCACGCAGCUAAAUUGGGGCCGAAAAUGUUAUUUGUCCUUAUAGGGAGCAGGAGGCGCCAGUAAAAUCCCGGGACAACCAGAGCUGCUCGCCACAAAGUUGGGAACUUUGGGCCGAACGAAGCCGAUGAGCAAGUGAAUGACAGGAGCUGCGUUUUAUGUGACUGAGCAGCACCGAGCAGAGGAGAAGGCUGUGCGCUCGGACCCGGACCCGGAGCCGUGAGGAUGGAGAUCCGGCCGGACAGGUUCAAAGCUGCGGCGGCUAAGACUCUGGGGAAGAUCUACGGAGCUCUAGAGAAGAAACAGGAAAAUGGUGAAACCAUCGAGCUGUCGGCCGAGGGCCGGCCCGAGCUGGUGCAGGAGAAGGAGAUGCCGGUGGUGGACUGCACGUGCUUCGGCCUGCCCAGGCGCUACAUCAUCGCCAUCCUCUCCGGUAUCGGCUUCUGCAUCUCCUUCGGCAUCAGGUGUAACCUGGGCGUGGCCAUCGUCAGCAUGGUCAACAGCCACACCGUCUUCAGGGACAACAAGGAGGUCAUAGUGAACGCCCAGUUCAACUGGGAUCCAGAAACAGUGGGAAUGAUCCACGGCUCCUUCUUCUGGGGGUACAUAGUAACCCAGAUCCCUGGAGGGUUCAUCUGUCAAAAGUUUGCAGCAAACCGAGUGUUUGGCUUUGCAAUAGUUGCCACAUCAUGCCUGAAUAUGCUCAUCCCCACAGCAGCACGGAUGCACUUUGGCUGCGUGAUCAUAGUCAGGAUAUGUCAAGGACUGGUGGAGGGGGUUUCAUAUCCGGCCUGUCACGGUAUCUGGGCAAAAUGGGCGCCUCCUCUGGAGAGAAGUCGCUUGGCCACAACAGCCUUCUGUGGCUCCUAUGCAGGUGCUGUGAUCGCCAUGCCUUUAGCUGGAAUCCUUGUCCAGUACUCAGGAUGGUCCUCGGUCUUCUACGUGUACGGAAGCUUUGGCGUUAUGUGGUACUGCUUCUGGAUCCUGGUUUCCUACGAGAGUCCGGCGGCUCACCCCACCAUCACAGAGGAGGAGAGGAUCUAUAUAGAGGAGAGCAUCGGCGAGUCGGCCCAGUUUACAGUGACGAAGUUCAACACGCCGUGGAGAGCCUUCUUCACCUCCAUGCCGGUGUACGCCAUCAUUGUGGCUAAUUUCUGCAGGAGCUGGACUUUCUAUCUGCUCCUCAUCAGCCAGCCUGCGUACUUCGAGGAGGUGUUUGGGUUUGAAAUCAGCAAGGUGGGCAUAGUGUCUGCUCUUCCUCACCUGGUGAUGACCAUCAUCGUGCCCAUCGGUGGACAGAUCGCUGACUAUCUGCGCUCCAACCAGAUCAUGACCACCACGAAUGUCAGAAAGAUAAUGAACUGCGGAGGCUUUGGGAUGGAGGCCACCCUCCUGCUGGUGGUUGGCUUCUCGCACACGAAGGGCGUCGCCAUCACCUUCCUGGUGCUGGCCGUGGGCUUCUCUGGUUUCGCCAUUUCAGGUUUCAACGUCAACCACCUGGACAUUGCACCACGGUAUGCCAGCAUCCUCAUGGGCAUAUCCAACGGCGUGGGCACGCUGUCCGGCAUGGUCUGCCCGCUGAUAGUUGGCGCCAUGACAAAGCAUAAGACGCGGGAGGAGUGGCAGGGUGUGUUUCUGAUCGCCUCUCUCGUUCAUUAUGGAGGCGUUAUUUUCUACGGUCUCUUCGCCUCGGGAGAGAAGCAGUCCUGGGCCGAGCCGGAGGAGCUCAGCACCGAGAAGUGUGGCAUCCUGGACGAGGACGAGCUGGCGAACGAGACAGAGGAACUUUAUCGAACGAGUGGCGGAGUUGGUUAUGGAGCCACCAACCAGGCGUCAGACCCCAACGGAGGAGGCGGGGGCUGGGUCUCCGACUGGGACAAGACUGAGGAGUACGUCCAGCCGGCCGGGACCAACAAUUACCUUUACGGAGGCGAGGGCGACCGAGAGUUUACAUAAAACCAGCAGAUGUUCUCGUCUAAUCAGAGAAGCACAAACAGUUUAUCACCAACGUGGAUCUCACUGUGAAGGACGUUGGACAGCAUGGAGUUGGACUCUUCAGGAAGUUCGACCACUGAACUUAUUUCAAAAAAGACAUUUAAAGCAGGACAGUAGUUAACAUAAAACGUGUGUUUGUGUGAGAAAACGGCAGCCUUUUUGAAAAGUUUCCCUGGAAACAGGCUUUUCUUUAGGCCUGAUGAGGCUUCCAUCUUUAAACAGUAGACAGGUUUAUAUUUUAUGACUCCGUGUUUACGGUUUGACUCUCAUUCAAAUUUGAAUUCUCAUAAAUUAGAUAUUUUCAUGUCAUUUAAUGUCACAUUCUCACUUUAUAAAAGUGCUCGUUUAGAAACAACACAAUUUGCGUUAUUCUGCUAACCCAGAGCUGCGUGAAAAUGGACGGAUCCAGAUCUGGGUUGAUUUUUAUACAACAAGGCUGGAUUAUGGGUUUGACCCCAUGUGAAGGAUUAGGUUUUUAACCUUAAAUAUUGUUUUAGGCCCAGCAGUGAAGGGAAAAUGCGUUGGUUAUACUGUGGACGGUUUACCAGCCUAUCACAGGGAGCAAAUAAUCAUGCACAGGCAGACCUGGAGAGACUAAUUCUCCUAACAUUCAAUUUAUUUGGAGUGAAGCAUACCUGUAAACAAUCUAUGUAUGUUUGGGAGAAAAUGGAAACUCUUUUUCAGAAAGACCCAGGCUGGGAUUUUUAGUAAAAACAGACAACAACCUC